AUGGUCUUGGCGCUGGAGGAAAAACGAUUGCAAAGUGCCUGCUUGAAGUGCCACAGAAAUGCCUCUAAAGAUGGCCACGAGUUCAAGCUGAAAACAUUCAUUGCUGGAAGAAAUCGUCUGGAGGAUCCUGGAGCUAAAGCAUUAGCAGAAGCUUUCACGGCUCUCUCGAGGAAGUCGUUAUACCGCAAAAUGGUAUUCCGGGCGGCAGGAAUUUGUGCGCUAGCUCGUUCAUUCCAAUCGAAUCCCUCCCUCCGAGUUAUUAACAUCAACGACAAUACAUGUACAGUUGAAGGAGCGUUGGCAUUGGCUGGAGUACUCGAUGAGCUCACCGAACUUGAAGUCCUCGAUCUUGGAGACAGCUUGUGUAGAGAUGAUGGGAUUUUCAGCAUCUGUGAAGCACUUUCAGAGCAUCACUAUAAGCUCAAGUUUGUGGACUUCUCCGGCAACGAGUUGUCUGCAGAAACAGGCGAAGCUGUCAUUGCCCAGUGGAAAGAAGUUUUCCUCGCUGGAGGCCAGAAUGUACAGCUGAAGAUGACAAACAACUGUUUUGGAUCGCAGUUCCACGAUAUCAAGGAGAUGACUGAAAACACUCCAAUCGACCUUGGCGAGAGCGAUGAUGAUGAAGGGACUUUAUCCGAGUGCUCUGAUGAGUAUGUCGAGUCAGAAGGUGAAGAAAUGGAUGGAGGUGGUGGAGACCUUAGCGAUUUGCUGAACAGCAUGGGUGAUAUGAGUUUCACGGAAACUCAAGGCAAAGGAGUUGAUGAUGUCGUGUCGUUUCUAAAUCAGCAGCUGAAGCUCAACACUGCUCAGGACGCUGAGCCCGUUGCUCGACAAAUUGAGCGGCAAGCAUGUAUGAGAACGCUUGAUCUCCGUGGUAACACUCUUGGUAUUGAAUCUGGGAAUCGAAUCGCUGAGGCCAUCAAAAAGCACCCUGAGCUGCAGAGAUGCUUGUGGAGCGAUUUGUUCACAGGUCGUCUGAAAAAUGAAAUACCUCCAAUUUUGAAAUCGCUUUGCUCUGCUAUGAUUUCUGCCAAUUGCCAUAUCACUGAAUUAGAUCUUUCUGACAAUGCAUUUGGUCCUAUUGGAGCUGAAGGUAUACAGGAGUUUCUUACGUCACCCGCUGCGUUUUCGUUAGAGGUGUUGAAGCUCAACAAUAAUGGUCUUGGAGCAGGUGGCAAGGUAGUUACCUAA